UAGGUUUUACCAGGAAGAAAGCAGAGUGCGUAGGAUAACGCCAGACCUAUAUGAGCUGCUCGUGCGUCGUAAGCCUUAAGUUAUGACUUUAAUAUGGCUGAUAAGGGUCCCUUUUUAACUUCAUGUAUUAUUUUCUACCUAUCGAUUGGGGCCGCAAUAUUCCAGAUUCUUGAAGAACCAAACUGGGAGUCGGCAAGAGACCAAUAUAUUCUCCAGAAGGAAAACGUUUUAAAGAAGUAUGCCUGCUUGUCAAAAGAAGGUCUGGAUGAGAUUUUGGAGAUAGUGUCGGAGGCUGCGGCUCAAGGUGUGACCAUUACUGGGGACAAACAUCGCAACACCUGGGACUGGGCAAACUCCGUCAUCUUCGCCGCCACCAUUGUCACCACUAUAGGUUAUGGCAAUGUGGCUCCCAAGACUAAAUUUGGUCGUGUGUUCUGCAUCCUGUAUGGUCUGUGUGGGAUCCCCCUGUGUCUGGUAUGGAUAAGCGAACUGGGUUCAUUCUUUGGAGACAGAGCCAAACGUCUGUCCCAGGUUCUGAUCCAUAAAGGCGUUUCAGUGAAAAAGGUCCAACUCACCUGUACAGCCUUAUUCCUGUUAUGGGGGCUGUUGGUGCACCUGGUGAUCCCUCCGUUUGUUUUCAUGUCUCUGGAAGGAUGGAGCUACCUGGAAGGCAUCUACUUCUCUUUCAUCACACUCACAACGGUUGGUUUUGGAGAUUAUGUGGCAGGUGUAAAUCCCAGCAUAGAAUACCCCAGACUGUACAGAGUAUUUGCCGAGUUAUGGAUCUACAUGGGCCUGGCUUGGCUGUCUCUGUUCUUCAGCUGGAAUGUCCACAUGGUAGUGGAAGCUCACAAGGUGCUGAAGAAAAGAAGACACAGGCACAGACGCUUGUAUGAUGUGGAACCUCAGUCUGUAGAGGACAAGUACAACCCAGAUGUAAAGCGGUCCGUCAUUGACAUCUUCAACUUCCUGUCUGAGAAGGAGGAAGACUACAGCACUGUCAUCAAGGAGAUUGGAAUCAUAGCGAGAAAAAGAAAGCCUGCAGACAACAUAAAUCGCUCUAAGAGCUGCAGCGACAUCUUGGCUAUCCAGACCCUGGAUCACUCGCCACGUCAGAGACACAUGGUCAGUAUCAGUGAAGUGUUCAGGAACGCAACGGCUGACAUGGACAAAGGUGAUCAAGAGGAGGAGCGUUCUCUAAUACCAGAAGGCAGCGGAGAACUUGAACCUGCAGAAUGUGUGAGGACAGGUAAUGUGGAGAACAAGGACAGUUGUGCAUUUGAUUCAGAAAAUGAUGGUAUCAUCUUCACUGUACCUGCCAAAGAUACUACAGAAGAACAAAGUGUACAGCAUCCUGAUGGUGGGGAGACGAGGUUUACAAUAUCCAAGGUAAAUGAAGAUUUGUUGAUGGACAAAGAUGAAAAAGGGUAAAGCAUCCUUUCUACAUUUUUCUUCACAUUUACCAAAAUCGUGGAACCACUCAGACCGGGGGGAAGGAGUUUUGUAUGAAAAUACCAUAAGUACUGGUAUGUGUCAAGGGAACAAACUGCAUUUUGUGGAAAUGAUACUACAUACAUCUAGGCAAAUUAGGGCCGCAUUAUUAAAUGCUUUCCUGAUUUACAACAGUCCUAUUUUACGCAACUUUUCAAUUAUUAGCUGCACACAGUGAGCCAGCGUUUGUAUCAGGUAAAAUAGUUCUCU